AUGGAACUCCUUCCGGUCUUUCCCAACGACGUGGCUAUGGAAUGCCUAAUUCGGGUUCCUUUGAGAAAUUCUCAGUCGUCGCCUCGGUUUGUAAGGAUUGGAAGUCUCAGAUUCAGCUGCCGGAGUUUCAACAGCACCGGAAAGCCGCUGGGUUGGCACGGUCAGUCAUUGUUCUGUCGCAGGCCGGGCCAACCCGGAACGGAACUCUUGCGUCGGGAAGCUUCUGUCUCCUCCCGUUUACCGACUAACGCUUUGCGAACCGAAACGGGUCGCCGUUCUGAACUCCCCCGCCGGCGGAGUUCUCCGACGGGUUGCCAAUGUUUUGCCACCUCCUCGUGGUCGGUUCGGAGCUGGUGGUGA